UGCUGGUCCCACAGUGUGACCUGGGUCCCUGUACGGCCUCCCAUUGCUUCCACUCUGCCAUGUGCCACUAUUUGAGGUCUCCUUACACUCCUGCGGUUUUCCAUUUUGUCAUAGGUUGCUUGCAGAUUAGCGGGCCUUCCAUAGGUGCCGCCAGGCCCCAUAUCGACCAUGGGCCCCCGUACCUCCUGGUCACGCUGCUGCUGAGCCCACAGUGUGACCUGUGUCCCUGUACGGCCUCCAUUGCUCCACUCUGCCAUGUGCCACUUUGAAAUCUCCUCACACUCCUGCGGUUGUCCAUUUUGUCAUAGGUUGCUGGCAGAUUACAGGCCUUCCAUAGGUGCCACCAAGCCCCAUAUCGGCCAUGGGCCCCCGUACCGCCUGUCACGCUGCUGCUGGGCCCACAGUGUGA